CCACAUUUCUUUGAUAAAGUCUAUCACUCUUACUGACUAAACCAUUAACCAUGUUUAUCUUUCUUCUAGCGUUCAUCUCUCUAGGGUUUUUCCUUCUCUCUUCCUUCUUCUCGUUCAUCCUCCAAAUCCAUCACGAUUGUCGGAAAUCGUCCACCAGUACUCAUGGCCCUCCUUCGUACCCAAUUCUUGGCUGUCUAAUCUCUUUCUACAAAAAUCGCCGACGCCUCUUGGACUGGUACACAGACCUCUUAUCUAAGUCACCCACACAGACCAUCGAGGUUCGCCGGCUUGGUGCCCGACGGACUCUCGUCACCGCAAACCCUGCUAAUGUCGAGUACGUGCUCAGGACCAACUUCAACAACUUCCCCAAAGGCAAGCCAUUCACCGAAAUCCUCGGGGAUCUUCUCGGCUUUGGCAUAUUCAACGUGGACGGUGAGUUAUGGGCCACUCAGCGCAAAUUAGCGAGUCAUGAAUUCAGCACCAAGUCCUUGAGAGAGUUCCUUGUCAAAGUGCUUGAAGAUGAAGUCGAUCAUCGACUGGUACCAUUGCUUGAGGAGGCUGCUGAGAGUGGGAAAAUCCUGGACUUGCAAGAGAUAUUGAGAAGAUUUGCGUUUGACACCAUCUGUAAGGUGUCGUUGGGGACAGACCCGUGUUGCCUAGACCUAUCGCGGCCGGAGCCGCCGCCACUUGUAAAAGCCUUUGACAGAGCGUCCGAGAUAAGCGCCAUGCGUUCAAUGGCCCCGGUGUUCUUGGUGUGGAAGAUCAAACGCGCGUUGAACAUAGGCUCGGAAAAGAAACUCAAAGAAGCGCUCAGCGUCGUGCAUGGCUCUGUGGCCGAGAUCAUACGAAACAAGAAGCGAAUACUCGAAGAAGAUCAAGAAAACAUGUACAAAUGUGACGGCGACUUGUUGUCGAGGUUGUUGCUGGCUGGUCACGACGAGGAGGUGGUAAGAGACAUGGUGAUAAGCUUCAUCAUGGCCGGACGAGACACCACGUCAUCGGCCAUGACGUGGCUGUUCUGGUUGCUUUCUAAGUACCCAGCCCAAAAACAACUCAUUCUAAACGAAGUGAACUCGGCACUUGACAAUGGUGAAAAGCCACUGGACUUUGAAACUCUCAAGGAUAUGAGGUUCCUAAAAGCUUGUUUGUGCGAAUCCAUGCGGCUCUACCCACCCGUUGCGUGGGACUCAAAGCACGCUCUCGCCGACGACACGUUGCCUGAUGGGACUUCUGUUAGGAAGGGAGACAGAGUCACGUUUUUUCCUUACGGGAUGGGAAGGAUGGAGGAGCUCUGGGGAAAGGACCGGUUCGAGUUUAAACCUGACCGUUGGUUCGAUGGGAUCAACGGCAGUGGAGAGCUGAAACUGGUGAGUCCGUACAAGUUCCCCGUUUUCCAGGCCGGUCCGAGGGUGUGUCUCGGGAAGGAGAUGGCCUUUAUACAGAUGAAGUAUGUGGUGGCUACAAUUCUGAGGCGGUUCGAGUUCAGUCCGGUGUGUGAGAACCAGCCGGCUUUUGUUCCUUUGUUGACUGGUCAUAUGGUCGGUGGGUUCAAUGUCAUGGUGCGGAAGAACAGUGGUGGCUGUGGUGAGCCAAUGGUUGGAACUUAGAUUGGCCAUUUUCCUUGGGAUUGGAAUCCCUUUGCAUUGCACUUGUAGAGUUAAUUAGUAUUUGGGAAAACCAAAUUAAGCCACAGUAUUAAUUGUUCUUUUUCCAAUGUUAAUUCUAUUUCUAAA